GCGUGGGUGGGGGUGCGUGUAGAGAACCUGGGCUGAUCUGGCUGCGGCCACCGGGGCACAGCUCCUGGCCGGGGAUCUGCACCGAAGCCGCAGAGAUCAGGUCCCUCUGCAGCCGCGGGAGGGUUAAACGCCCCUCCCCCUCCCCCGGGACAAAGGCACCGAAACCCGGGCGCCCCUCCCCCACCUGCUCUGCUCCCUGGGGCGGGGCUCCCCUCCCCUCCCCCUCACCUACCGGAACCGACCCUGCUGCUCCCGCCGCCAUUAAACCCUCCCCGCAGAGCGCCUCCCGGGCUGGGACCUGGCGACCCUUCCUCGGGCAGGACUCAGGAGGGAACUAGGGGUCGAGAGCGGGAGUGGGCGCCCUCGGACCAAGCCGAGCCCGCAGUGUGCGGAAAGAGAAGGGGUCGAGGGCAGAGGUAGGGUCUCGGAGGGGAGAGAUGCCGGGUGCCUGGGCCGGCGUGGCCCCUGCGCUAACCGGGCCAGAGGCCUGGAGGACUGACAGCCGGUUUGGGAAGAGCGCGGCCAGGUAUGGCUGGGCGUGGGCGAUGCAAAUGAGGAGUGGACGGUCUGUCUGUCUGUCCUUUGGCCACACUGCUGGGGCCGGUGCUCAGUUCAGCUCCAAACCGUGCGCGGGAACUUUGGGUAACGGAGAGCCAGAACAGGACCCUGAACAGAACUGAUCCCCCAGCCAGCCACAACACCAAGUGGGAUGCGAGGGGGGGCCAGGGCUGCGGCGGAGGAGCUGGUUCACUGGGCAGACUCCAAGGGUUUCAGGUCGUUUUAGGGAAGUUGAGUCCUUAGAGGAUGGCAUUUGGGGCAAGAACGCACAACAGAAUGUCCCCCACCUUGGAGGUAUGCUCACGGAACCCCUAGGGGAGGGCGGAAGAGCCGGGCCCAGGGCGCAACCGGUAGCCCUGGGGAAGAAGCGCUUUUGGGUGAGAGGGUGGUAUUUGUGGUUUUCACUGCUCCUGCCCCUCUGGGGUUUGACUGAGGCUGGACUGGGCCAACAGGGCCAGGCAAGGCCGGGGAAGGUGGGUCACCUGAGACACAAACAAGACCACCUGCCUGGGGGGAUGGAACCGGGCUGGGGUGAGGAGUUUGUACACUGCUACUGGGUGGUUGGGAGGCAGCUUGGAUCUCUAAUCGUGAUGUUGAAACUGACAGGUUUUGAGCCUGAAACUCAUGGCUAGCACCAACCGACCAUCUGUGUGCCCUAAGGAAACGCCUGGAAAUUGCUAUCUGAUAAAAUGUAGGAAAAGUGGCUGGGGCCAUGGACUAGCAUUGGUAUGGGCUUUGUGUCUCAUUUGCCCUCGAGACAGCCAGGACUGGGUUGCUUACUUUUUCGCUCUUCUCCUCUCAGCCUCAACCUCGCCAUGGCUUCCGCUGGCCUGCAAAUCCUGGGGAUCAUCCUGACGCUGCUCGGCUGGGUGAACGCCCUGGUGUCCUGUGCCCUGCCCCUGUGGAAGGUGACCGCCUUCAUCGGCAACAGCAUCGUGGUGGCCCAGGACCUGCAGGCCGCCCGCGCCCUCUGCGUCGUCGCCCUCCUGUUGGCUCUGCUCGGGCUGCUGGUCUACCUCGCGGGAGCCAAGUGUACCACCUGCGUGGAGGACAAGGACUCCAAGGCCCGUCUGGUGCUUGUCUCUGGGAUCAUCUUUGUCAUCUCGGGUGUCCUGACCCUUAUCCCUGUCUGCUGGACCGCCCACACCAUCAUCCGGGACUUCUACAACCCUUUGGUGGCCGAGGCCCAAAAGCGGGAGCUGGGGGCCUCCCUCUACCUGGGCUGGGCAGCCUCUGGUCUUUUAUUGCUGGGGGGGGGGCUGCUGUGCUGCACAUGCCCCUCGGGGGGGGCCCGGGGCUCAAACCAUUACAUGGCCCGAUACUCCGCCUCUGCCGCACAUGGCACCUCUCAGGGUCCCUCCGAAUACCCCGCUAAGAAUUAUGUCUAAUUCCGGUAGGGGAGCGGGGACUCCCUUGACAGCGGAGUCUAACUUCCUGAGCCGGAGACGUGGAGAUGGUGAUCCAGGCAGCUUUGGGUGGUUUUUUAUCUUUUUUUGGGGGGAGGGGCGGGAGGAGCGGGGGGAGUGGUAUUUUUAAAAUUCAGUUGGUAACCCAAGAAACUCAGCAUCUCUCUUGGGCUCUGCUGCUGGUGCGUCUCACCUUUGGAUGAUGGAGCCAAGGAGGUGAUGCUUCACAGUUUCUGGAUCUUUCUCCACCCCGGACAUCCCCAUCUCGGAGGCCAACCCGCAGCCCCUGGCCAGCGUGAAGGCUGCCUGCUGUUCAGAUGCUUGCAGCCUGUCCCCAAGAGUCCCUCCUUAGUGGUGGGUCCUCUGAACCCCCAGGGGCUCCUGAGCCUCAGGUGGCCCGCCCUUAGAAGAGCGGGCGGUUUAAGUUACCAAAGAACCACCCACCUCCAAGUGUUCCGACCUCUGACCUCUGGCUCCUCUACCCUGAGUCCUGCCCCAGCUGUGCCCUAGACCACCUCCCGCGCCCCCCUCUGGCUCACCUUCAGCCCCUGCACGCUUCUGUCACGCCCCCCCCCCACCCCCCACAGUUUUU